CAGACAUGGAAUACAGUAUGAGCUGUAGACAGCAGCCAUCACUUGAGAAACCCCAUUUACAUCACCCAGCAGAGAAACUGCAGCAGUGUGCUCAGCCUGUGAAGGUCUGUGACAAGUUUCCUAUCACUUCUGUACCCCAGCUUCAUUCGAAACAUAGCAACAUGAACCUUAAAUGUAAUAAAGGAACAUUCCAGUUAAAUCUAACAGAGAACCUGCAGCAGAGUGCUGAGCCUGAAAAGGGAUACAGCAAGCUUCAUCUCACUCCUGUAACAGAGCUGAACUCAGAACACAAGUGCAGCAAGAAUUCUAAAUGUGACAAAAGUCUGAUAUCUCAUACAGAGAAGAAACCGUACAAAUGUACAGAAUGCAAUAAGUCAUUUAUAUGUGCCAAAAACCUCCAAACCCAUCAAGCCAUUCACACAAGAAGUAAACCAUACAAGUGUGCUCAGUGCAGUAAGUCUUUCACAUAUCCUAGCCAUCUUCGAAUGCAUCUUGUGUGUCACACAGGAAUUAAACCAUUUGAAUGUGCUCAAUGUGAUAAGUGUUUUAUAAGAAAGCAACAACUAAUAUGUCACCAGUACUCCCACAUGGGGAUUAAACCAUUUAAAUGUGCAGAAUGUGAUAAAUCUUUUACACAAAAGCAUCAGCUAAUACACCAUCAGUACUCUCACACAGGGAUUAAACCAUAUAAGUGUGCUGAAUGUGAUAAGUGUUUUACACGAAAGAGAUCCCUAGUACAUCAUCAGUACUCCCACAAAGGUAUUAAGCCAUUUAAAUGUGAUGAAUGUGAUAAGUGUUUUACCCAAAAACGACAGCUAAUACACCAUCAGUACUCCCAUACAGGGAUUAAACCAUUUAAAUGUGUUGAAUGCGAUAAGUCUUUUACAAAAAAACAGUAUCUAAAAUUCCAUCAGUACUCUCACACAGAGAUUAAACCAUAUAAAUGUACUGAAUGCGAUAAAUCUUUUAAACAAAAAAGAUCACUAGUACAACAUCAGUAUUCCCACACAGAGUUUAAACCAUUUCAAUGUGAUAUGUGUGAUAAGUCUUUUACACAAAAUAAGCUUCUAAAAUUGCAUCAGGAUACUCACACAGGGAAUAAACCAUAUAAAUGCCCUGAAUGUGGUAAAUCUUUCACACAAAGGCAUCAUCUAAAAUCCCAUCAACAGUCUCACAGAGGGAUUAAACCAUACAAAUGUUCUGAAUGUGAUAAGUGUUUUACCCAAAAGGAAACUCUAAAAUUGCACCAGAAUACUCACACAGGGAAUAAACCUUAUAAGUGUGCUGAAUGCAGUAAGUCCUUCACAAGUCCCAGCAUUCUUCGAAGUCAUCUUGCUUCUCACACAGAGGGCAAACCGUAUAGGUGUGCUGAGUGCAGCAAGUGUUUCAGACAUUCCAGCAAUCUUCGACAGCAUUAUGCUGUUCAUAAAGCAGUGAAACCAUAUAAAUGUGCUGAAUGUGAUAAGUGUUUUAGACAAAAGCACCAUCUAACACGCCAUCAAAGUUCUCACACAGGGAUUAAACCAUAUAAAUGUGUUGAAUGUGAUAGACAUUUCACACGAAAGGAACAGCUAAUACAGCAUCAGUACUCUCACAGUGGGACUAAACCAUAUAAAUGUGCUGAAUGUGAUAAGUCUUUUACACAGAAGAGAGACAUAAUACACCAUCAGUACUCUCACAGAGGGAUUAAACCAUAUAAAUGUGCUGAAUGUGAUAAGUCUUUUACACAAAAGCAUUAUCUAAAAUACCACCAGAACUCUCACAAUGAAUGGAGAGAUAAGUCAUCAAGCAAAGGAAAGUAGUAUAGCUGAAAUUGAAUUCAUCCUCAAGUCUUGG